AUCUAGGUUGUUUCAUAUAAUCAUAGUUGAAAGUUUAUUUACCGUCAACGCGGCACCACAUAAAGUUAAAGAAAAUGAAAAAAGAAUUAUAAUUGAUUAAUUUACUACUUGAAAUUAGUUAGAAAAGUGCAAUUCGUUACAAUGUUACGAAUUGCAAAUAGUGAAUAUUUCUAUAGGAAUGUGCGGUCAAAAAUAUUUUACAUAUUUUUAUUAAGUUGCAUAGUGAUACCCAUAUUGUCGAAAGCACACGAACAUUCACAUGAUCACGAUCACGAUCACGAUCACGAUCACGAUCACGAUCAUGAUCAUGAUCACCACGAGCAUAAUCAUGAACCACCAAGUUUUAAAUAUUCGAAACAAGCAAAUGAAGAUUUUGCUGAUCAGAUAAAUUCAGCGCAUCAUAAACAUGCUGAAGACUCAAAACAAUCUACGUAUGAUCCCAGUGAUAUUUUUGUUCGAGCUAUGGGAUCAACUUUACUUAUUUCCUUAGCGCCGUUUCUUUUGCUUUUUGUCUUGCCAAUAGAUAACAGUCAAGAGCGAGAGCCUUUUUUGAAAAUUCUUCUAAGUUUUGCCUCUGGUGGCCUACUUGGAGAUGCUUUUCUGCACUUGAUACCUCAUGCUCUAGUGCCUCACUCUCAUGGCAAGGAAGAUAAAGAAUCACACUCACAUGUUCACAAUCAUGAUCAUGGUCAUGCCCACAGCGAGGAACACGGUCAUGAUAUGACUGUUGGAUUGUGUGUUUUGUUAGGGAUCGUCACAUUUCUAGUUGUAGAAAAAUUAGUGAGAAUAUUGAAAGGCGACAGUGGUCACACUCAUUCGCACAAUCACAAUCAGACUGACAUAAGUAUCGCAGGAUACUUGAAUCUAGCAGCAGAUUUUCUACACAAUUUUACAGAUGGUUUGGCUAUUGGUGCUAGUUAUUUGGCUGGAGAAAAUGUUGGAUAUGUGACUACAUUCACAAUAUUAUUACAUGAAGUGCCUCACGAGAUAGGCGAUUUUGCCAUUUUAGUGCAAAGUGGUUGCAGUAAAAGAAAGGCAAUCUUAUUACAAUUACCAACUGCUCUUGGUGCUUUAUUAGGAACGUACAUUUCACUUCUAGUGGAAGGAAUGGGAGAUUUUGCAACGCUGUGGAUUCUACCGUUCACAGCUGGUGGCUUCAUUUAUAUAGCAACGGUCUCUGUUAUUCCUGAAUUACUAUCAGAUACAAAGUUUUGGCAAUCUGUUAAGGAAAUUAUUGCUUUAUUACUUGGAGUUUAUAUGAUGGUACUUAUUGCACAAAAUGAAUAAUACAUUUUUGUGAUUUGUUUUUCAAAAAUUAAAUUAGAAAAUUUCUAUCUAUUUUUUGAUACUUUCAUUAUUCAAAAUACAAUGUUUCAAUACAUUUUAAACUUUCAAUAAAGUUUGUGUGCCUAUAUUUUUGCAACACAAAAAAUUUAAAUAGUAAAUUCAAAAUUUGCAUUUAAUUAUUACUAAUUUACAUAAGUUGAAUUCGCAGAAAAGUUAUUUACAAUUUCAUGAAAAGAAGUUAUAUACAUAAUUGUACAUAGAAUGACAAGAACUAUAAGGAAAUUACAUUUUUCUUAAGAUUCAACAUUAUAUAAAGAUAUGUAAAAAAAAUUAAAUUCCAGUUUAAA